CGCCUUAGACUCAGUGCUACGCUGCGCGUCCUCAGCACCAGCCGAUUGCCUUCCUGCUUCUCCCGGUCGCUAUGUCCACGUCCACGAGCUUCCCGAUCCCCGGGGGCUGGGACCGGCUACCCGACUGCUACAGCACCAUGCCGGGGGGCACGCUAUAUGCCACUACCCCGGGAGGCACCAGGAUCAUCUACGACCGAAAGUUACUGCUGGAGUGCAAAAACUCACCCAUUGCCCGGACACCCCCCUGCUGCCUUCCUCAGAUUCCCGGAGUCACAACUCCUCCAACAGCCCCACCCUCCAAGCUGGAGGAGCUGAAGGAGCAGAAGGAGACAGUGGAAGAGAUACCCGAUGACGCACAAUUUGAAAUGGACAUCUAAUCCAGUGCAGAUGACCUCCAUGUGUGGAGUUACAAGUAUAGAGGGAUCCCUCAUGCUGCUGCUGCCACCACCUCUUCCUGGGAUAUCCAAAGGCCAGCUUGACCUCAUCUAAUCUGGAAGGGAGUGACUUGCUGGUUCUGGGCCUCCUUUAGUUCUGAGACAGCUAAAUUACCAGGGACAGGAGUGGGCAACUUGCCAAGCCCAUAACUCUAUUUUCUCUUUGGUCUGUAGGCACUCCUCCCAACCCACAGCCCUCAAUGCUCAGGGGCUGGGACUGGGGGAUGGAGUAUGUCACCUUCUGGCUGCUUAGUAAACAUUUAAGGAAAUG